AUGCCGUUGCCUCCGGAGCAUAUUCGGAUUAAGAGGGGGAGGGAGGAGGAGCCGGUUGAGACGUUGUAUAUCCAGACUGACAUACGUCAGUCCAAAAGGCGGUAUACCGAUUUUGUCUUUCAACGUGUUGUCCGCACAGAUGGCGCCACUGCUUGCAAAAUUGAUGAUAGCGGGCCAUUACGAGCAUCUCUAGGGGGAAAUAUUAAGAGCCCUAGGUCAGUAAGUACAUGUGUGUCUAGUCAUGGUGUGCCCCUGGUACGUGCUACAGCUCCCGGAGAGGAGUUUGAAAACAAACAAGUCAAAUCAAAAAAGGAAGGUCUUAUGGGGGAAGGUCGGCUGCCUUCAACCUCAUCUCCACAAUCAGCAUCACGAGCCACUCGUCCUGCCGUGAAAUCUGUCACUCCUUUGCGAAAUCAAUCAGCUUCCUCUUCAGCCAAAAACUCUCCCUCCUCUGCUUUGCGUCGGUUUCACAUAACUGCCCCUAAUGAGGAUGCUACGAGCCCUUCUUCAAAUGUACUUCACAAGGUCUCUGGAGGCAUCCAUAAGAAGAAAGGGGAUCGAUUGAUGAGUAGGGUUGUGGUUAUCGAGAAGCGUUCACAUCAAGUAGAUGAUGCGAGGGCGUCUACUGUCAUUGAUGAUCUGGCAGCUAAGAUUGAGGAAGUUAAAGUCGGUAACGACUUCAAGGAGCCGCCAUCUGCGGUUCCUGGGGAUGUUGUCAAGCCAUCAGUACCCGAAGCGGCUACCAAACAGGUUACCCCAAGAAAACGGCAUGUUGCUAAUGAGGCCGAAAAACGAUGGAGGGAGGAUUCGAAAGCAUCUCGAUAUUCAGACCGAAUACAGCAAGCCCGAGAAAAAGAUACUAAAACAAAACACGCCCAGUCAAUGUUUGACGAUCCAACCUUAUGGGAUCAGAACUCUGAUCAGCUGGCAUCGGAGCUGGAGGAGUUUGCUCGCGAAGUGACCGGAGAUAUCGAUGUAUCUGGGGCUUCACAUAAACCUGAGUCAUCCAUUUUAUCUACCCCACCACGACAACCAGGCCGGUUUGUUGGAAUUUCUCCCAACCAGCGCGUGCCGUAUCACCCACGGCGUCUAACAGGAGAACGUAAUUCACCUCGAAAAAUCGGUAUGCGCUUUGAUGGAGCUGGGGACGAUAAUGACAAAGAUCUUAACAAAGAUGUUGACCGAUCUGCAGACAUUGUAGACGGCGGAUUGCUUCACCAGGACGCUGACGCGGACAUGACGACGGAAGGCAACUAUGUUCCACCAGUUAAGCACACGGCGACUUUUGAAACGGCUAUCGAAUUAGAGAGUGGAGAUGAUGUGGAUUACGUUUAUGACGAGUUUAUCAGACGACCGGUGCAGGAGAUCGCAGCAGACCCUCGAGCUGCCCACCUUCUUAAGGGAGAAUGGGCUAGUGAACACGGAGUUGCUCCUAGAGAUAUUGGAGUGGUAGUUAUUACCGAGGAAGAUGUCCAUUUCUGGGAAGCUUUUGAGGAGCCUGAUGAUGAGGGGAAAGGCUGGGAUUCGGAAGAUGAAGAUUCUAACGCGGAAGAUAAUCCAGCAAAUGAAUAUCCGGACGAGGACCUCGAGUUCGAUGAUGAGUAUGAUGAUACCAGUGCCGCUUACAGGAAUUAUCGCCUCAAUGCCUCCGACGACGAAGAGUUUGAUCCGGAUUAUGACUACGAGUAUAGACGUUCUUUCGACAAACCAGAAUUCUGA